GACGAAAAAACCCGGAAGUGAGGUGAAGGUUUGGUAAAGAUGGCGCUGGCGAAUGUGUUGAAGAGUGAGUGUGCGGAUUUUGAGGCGCCUUUGGCGUUCGGUUACGGGUUUAACGACGGCGAUGCCGGUUUCGGGGGAACAUCCGGAGACCCGCACAGCUUCGCGCUGAAAACCUCGUCAGGAGAUGAGGAUGGAAUUGAGAGGAAAAUCGAGUUUCUUCACGGGACAACCACCUUAGCGUUUAAAUUUCAGCAUGGCGUCAUCGUGGCGGUAGACUCGCGAGCGACCGCAGGUUCGUACAUCGCGUCGCAGACGGUCAAGAAGGUGAUCGAGAUCAACCCGUACCUGCUGGGCACCAUGGCCGGCGGAGCAGCUGACUGCAGCUUCUGGGAGCGUCUGCUGGCGCGGCAGUGCCGCAUCUAUGAGCUGCGCAACAAGGAGCGCAUUUCGGUCGCGGCCGCCUCCAAACUGCUGGCGAACAUGGUCUACCAGUACAAAGGAAUGGGCCUGAGCAUGGGCACUAUGGUCUGUGGCUGGGACAAGAGGGGGCCAGGGCUGUACUACGUGGACUCGGAAGGAAACCGGGUGUGCGGCGAUAUGUUCGCCGUGGGCUCGGGUUCUAUGUACGCCUACGGAGUCCUCGACAGCGGGCACCGCACCGACCUGACCAUCGAGGAGGCCUGCGAUCUCGGGCGCCGUGCCAUCUACCAAGCAACCUACCGCGACGCUUACAGCGGGGGUCAAGUCAACCUUUACCGCGUACACAGUGAAGGUUGGGAGAGGGUCUCGCAAGACGACGUCCUUGCGCUCCACCACCAGUACAAGAGUGAGAAGGCCUAGAGAUAUGAGCAGGACGGGGGGGAAGCAAAGAAGGAAGUCAAACAUUUGGAGGGUUUCAGGGUUUUUUGCAGACGAGUACAGUUAAAAAAAGGGCAUGACUAACAGUCCUUGGAAGCUAGAUUUAGCAUUAUAUUCAAUUGCAUUUGUGCUUUGUGUCUUUCUAACCCAAUUCACCACAAUUUCAAUUUGCUUGUUUUGCAAUCUGCAAUUACUUGUUCAGUCAAUAUUUCAGUGACCUGACCUUUACAAGCCAGGGGCGCCAGUGCCUCAUGUUUGGUGCGAUUUAAUAAUGCACAUUUCAACCCAGCCAUAUUGUGCUGGCCAGCUUUGUUAAAAAGGCGUAACUGCUUCUCACUACAUACAUAACUGUUGAACACUUACAAUAAACUUGGAUUUGUUUUUGCUA